CACCGAGGAGCCGGCCGAGGGCCCCCGGGGUGCCAAGGAGGAGUCCUUCACCACUGCCGUUGUCACCAAGAUGAAGCGAGCCCUGGUGCUGGGGGCCUCUGCCCUGCUGAUCCUGGCGCUGAACCAGAACGCCAUCCGUGAGCUGGACGUGUCCCAGCUGCUGGCCAAGCCCGUCAUCGUCAUCCAGUCCUCGGACAAUGUCACCAGGCUGCUGGGAGCGCUGCUGCGUGGGCUCCGGGUCACGGCAAAGAUCACGUACCAGGCAGUGCUGCUGGAGAACCUGGUAUGUUUGUCUGUCCUCCUCUUCCUCAUUCUGCCAGUGGGAGAGCAGGGCAUGACUGUGCCCAGCCAGACUUCUCCGAUCCAUGGGAAGCAGGAUAUAGUCUUCAUGUAA